GCGCCCCGUAGGUCGCGGCGCGGCGCAUCUGGUCUCUUUGGGCCACAUUGCCAUGGCUGCCAGUGGCGGCGUCGCUCCCACCUCCGCCGAGGGGCUGCGUUAUGCGGAGUAUGCGCCUCACUCGACCCGACGUUCCGACGCGGAUAUCGAUCGUGGUCUGGCAAGAAGUUUGAUAGCUGUUGGACUAGGUGUUGCAACUCUUGCGUUUGCUGGUCGCUAUGCAUUUCAGAUUUGGAAACCUCUAGAACAAGUAAUCACAGAAACUGCAAAGAAGAUUUCAACUUCUAGCCUUUCAUCUUACUAUAAAGGAGGAUUUGAACAGAAAAUGAGUCGGCGAGAAGCUAGUCUUAUUUUGGGCAUAAGCCCAUCUGCUAGCAAGGCCAAGAUUAGAACAGCUCACAAGAGAAUCAUGAUUUUAAAUCAUCCAGAUAAAGGUGGAUCUCCUUACUUAGCAACCAAAAUAAAUGAAGCAAAAGACUUAUUAGAAUCAACUACCAAACACUGAUCCAUGCUCAUGGACUGUUAAAAUGGGUAAAUUGAAGAAGUCCUGCAAAUGGAACUAUACCACACCUUCAUAAUUUUCAUGGACUGGCCAUUUCUUCUGUUUCAUGAUUAAACUAUAUGAUAAUAAAUGAUCAAUAACUGUC